CCGGUGGCAACAUUCAUUCCCACGCAAGUAAUCAUUUGAGAUUCUCGUUCUGUGUUAUGAGCUUGACGGUCAUAGACAAGCUAUGGCCGAGGUAAUAGACCUUUUAUCCUCGAGUCCACCUCCGUUGACGCAAUUAAAUCGAAGCCAUGCCAGCGCCUCGGCAAACUCAGCUGGUGGAAAUCUGCACUCAAUCUCCGACGAUCUCGAUGAUACAGCGUCGAUAGACUUUGUCAUUGAUCGACCAUCCAAGAGACAACGUCUAAGCCCAGAGCCCAGUAUCUUGCGUCAACCGCAAACCCAUGCCAGCAAGACUUCGAAUGUGGAUGUCGUCUACGAAGUCUUGUCCGAAGAUGACUCCCAACCAGAUUUGGUACUAAGGGUCGCCCCAUCAUUUCAGAAGUCCUCCGGCCGGCAUAGACAAAAGGAUCGUCCUGAUGAAACCAUGUUUACAUUUUCGUCUUCGGCUCCGGAACAGAGGCAUAUUGAGAAGGACAGACCAGACCACCGCUCUGGCGCUCAACCCGAAGAUCUACUAGAAGAUCCUUUCGACCUCCCAGGAAGCCUCUCACAGCCGACUGCAAGGGAAGUGGAAGAUGAGAUCUAUUCAAACAGGACUGCCAGUCUACUUGCCGUUCUUUCGCAGGAUCCGAGCAAAGAAGCCAAACCCCUGUUUCAGCACUUCAAAGCUACGAGAGCAGUCCGAACUGGAAAAGAAAAAUCCAAGCAGGACCCUACCGAUGACAUUGAGUUCUCCUCAAGCCCCGCCAAACCUAGGACCACGAAAGUCUCCAAGGCCACGGAGACGGACAAGGUGGCCAAAGCGGCAGAAAGAGCUGCGGUAAAAGCAGGGCGUGAUGCCGAAAAAGAAGCCGAGAAGGAGCGCAAAAAGCGAGAACGUGAAUCAAAGGCUCAAGAAAAGCAGAGGGCCGCUGACUUGGCAGAGGCAAACAAGUCCCGAGUCAACAAGAAGAACGCAGUGCCAGAAAUGAUUGUGGACAUGUCUGGCUUUCUGAAAGGCACCAGCGUUGGAGACCAGGUUGAGGAGUACAUGAAGAAUCUUGAAGUCGAAGUCAAUUACUUUGAUGAAGAAGUCAACUUAACAGAAUCCGUUCCAGACCAAAUGCGUUAUGGCAAUCUCAUUACAUGGCGGCGCACCGUCAAGUCCACCUACAACGAUGAAGAUGGGCAGUGGGAGCCGGCAUCAAAGAGUCGCAUUGUGAAAGAGAAGCAUUUCUUGGUUCAUCUCCCGGCUGUUGAAUUUGCUGCCAUUGCCUCUGUCCGAAACGGAGCUUUUGAUUCCAGCGAACCAGUUACCGAAUCCGAGAUGCAGGCUAAUCUCGAUGCCCAUGUCGCCUCUCUUCGAAAACGUUUUGGAGACUGCACCCCUAUCUAUCUCAUCGAAGGCCUCAGCGGUUGGCUCAAGAAAUCUGCGAAUGCCAGAAAUCGAGAGUACACAACUGCGGUGAGGGCUCAGAUGACGACGUCGACCCCCGAGCCAGGGCCCUCACGGGCGAGACCUAGGAAGCCUAAGAAGACUUCUACUGAUUCCCUGGACUUGUCUUCUGUCACAGCAGGUGUUGUCGACGGUCUACUUCUGCAUCUGCAGCUCGCUCAUCAACCGAUACUGAUCCAUCACACAACGUCACCUGGGACUACGGCAUCCCAGAUAUCUGCACUGACACAACACCUCGCAACCCGCCCGUAUCGGCUCGCCCAACUCGACUUCAACCUCAAGUCAGCCUCGUUCUGCAUGGAUAGCGGGCAAGUGCGUACUGGAGAUGACGCCAGAGACACAUUCGUCAAAAUGCUACAAGAAGUACAGCGAGUUACUCCUAGUAUGGCUUACGGAAUUGUGGACAAGUUUGAGAGUGUGCGUGCACUCGUGACUGCUUUCGACCGCAACGGGAACCUGCUCCUUGAGGAUGUUCGCAAAUCAGCCAACAAGGAUGGCGCAUGGAGCGAUAAAAGACUCGGCCCCAUGGUCAGCAAGAGAUUGUACAAAGUAUUCAUGGGCCGUGAUCCUUCCUCGACAGAUGGAAUGUCUUGAGUUGUUGACCCAAAUCACGAUUCUUGCUCCAGAUUCUCGGCAAUACAGUAUGAUUAUUCCUGGAUAAUAACAUGUUGUACUGAAUGUUGGGUAUUCAUUAGCAGGCCCUGAUGGUCCGCCAUCGUUCUGGAUCAAUUCAUACAUGUAAUGACGGAGACACAUCGUGGCCGAGUUCCGAAGCAGUGGUGUUUUGGGACGGGAGUGCCCGAAAAUGCAUCUACACCGAUAUAGGAUAGAUUGAGAUGAUGGCAGUGUCAGUUCACUGGAAGGUCCCCCCGCCCGCCUGUUGACUAGGGACCACGUCAACCGAUGAGGUGGAGGGUGGCC